UUGAAAAUGUAGUUAUUCUGGAUUAUGGGCAUCAGUUCUGCAGGCACUGUGAUAACAGAAUGUGAUAAAACCCUCCUGAAUGUAGACAGGAACUUCCUACGAAGAGUUACACGAAGUGACUGCUGGCCAAUAUGGUUCGAAGAUCCCAAAGACUGAAAGUCAGAGAAACAAAGCAGGAAACAGACUGCAGAGAAAAAUUAGAGACACAGACAUUGUUUGCUACAAAAGGGAGAACAGAGCAGUGUUGUGAGGAGCACAGACAAAGACUGGAGUUGUUCUGCCACGAGGAUGAGCGCUUUAUCUGUUUUCUGUGUGUUCCCAGACAUUCUAACCACCAUAUUGUGUUUCUGCAUGAGGCAGCCUGUGUAUUUAAGGUACCAGAAGCCUUUGAAGAUGUUGCUAUCACCUUUUCAGAAGAAGAGUGGAAGAUCUUGACAAAAGAAGAUAAAGAGCUUUACAGGGAAGUGAUGGUACAAAACUUUGAAACGUUGGUUUCAUUAGGUUACAAAAUACCCAAAAAGAAGUUAUUGCUGCUAUUCAAAGGAGAUGACAAACUGUCAAAGCCUGAUGUGGAGGGUGAAAAUACCACAGAACAGAAAGGCGGCCAUGACAGUAACCACCACAGUAUCAGAAGCACAGAAUGCAGCAUAAAUUCCUGUCAGCAACCAUCAUUUCAGACUCCCAAGUUCUGUCAUCUAACAGAGAACUUACAGCAGUGUGUUCAGUCUGAAACGGGCUACGACAAGACUUUUCUUAUUCCUGCAUCACAUCUUCAUUCAGGAAAUAACUGCAACAAGACCUCGGAAUGUGACAAUGGAACUCUGCAGUUACGUCACUCAGUUGAGAUCCUGCAAAAGUGUGCUGAGCCUCUGAAAGGCUACGACAAGACUUGUGUCACAUCUGUACCACAGCUUCACUCAGGACAAAACUCCACGAGUUCUAAAUGUCACACAAGUCAGGGAGGUCACGCAAAGAAGAGACCAUAUAAAUGUGCUGACUGCAGUAAUUGUUUCAAAUAUCCUAGUGCUCUUAGGCUUCACUAUACUAUACACACAGGAGAGAAACCUUAUAAAUGUGCUAAAUGCAAUAAGAGUUUUAGAUUAAAAACAGGACUAAAGUACCAUGAAUAUUCUCACACGGGGAAAAAACCCUAUAAAUGUGCUAAAUGCAACAAGUCUUAUCCAGAUAAGAAAGGCUUAAAAUCCCAUCAGCGCAUUCACACAGGAGACAGACCAUAUAAAUGUACUGAAUGCAGUAAGUGUUUCUCACAGCAAAGUAACCUUCGACGCCACAAGGCCAUUCACACGGGAGAGAAACCAUAUAAGUGUGCUGAAUGUGAUAAGUGUUUCACAUAUCAUAGUAAUCUUAGGCUUCACCGUACCAUUCACACGGGUGAGAAACCAUAUAAAUGUGCAGAAUGCGGUAAGUGUUUUAGAAAUAAGACUGGACUAAAAGCCCAUGACAUUUCUCAUACAGGGAAUAAACCAUAUAAAUGUGCCAAAUGCAAUAAGUGUUUUAAAAGUAAGAAAGCAGUAAAAUACCAUGACUAUACUCACACGGGGACUAAACCAUAUAAAUGUACUGAAUGUAGUAAGGGUUUCUCACAUCCUCGUAGUCUGAAACUGCACCAUUCGACUCACACUGGAGAGAAAUCAAAUAGUCCUGAAUCCCAUUUUUUUAUAGUUACAGGAGAGAAACCAUAUAAAUGUAUUCACUGCAGUAAGUGUUUUAGACAGAAGCGAGGCUUAAAAUACCAUCAAAUCUGUCAUAUGAGAGAGAAACCAUAUAAAUGUGCUGAAUGCAGCAAGUGUUUCAAACAUCCUCGUGCUCUUAGGCUUCACCGUACCAUUCACACUGGAGAGAAACCUUAUAAAUGUUCUGAAUGCAGUAAGUGUUUUAGAAAUAAGACUGGACUAAAAUCCCAUGAGAUUUCUCACACUGGGAAUAAACCAUACAAAUGUACCAAAUGCAAUAAGUGUUUUAGAAAUAAGACUGGACUAAAAUCCCAUGAGAAUUCUCACACAGGGAAUAAACCGUAUAAAUGUGUCAAAUGCAAUAAGUGUUUUGCAGAUAUGAAAGGCCUAAAAUCCCAUCAGAACAUUCACACAGGGAACAAACCAUAUAAAUGUACUGAAUGCAGUAAAUGUUUCUUACAGCAACAUAGCCUUCGACGUCACAAGGCCAUUCACACGGGAGAGAAACCAUAUAAAUGUGAUGAAUGUGGUAAGUGUUUCAUAUACCAUAGUGCUCUUCGGCUUCAUCAUACCAUUCAUUCGGGAGAGAAACCUUAAUGUGCUGAAUGCGACAAGUGUUUUAGAAAUAAGCAAGGACUAAAAUCCCAUGAGAAUUCUCACACUGGGAUUAAACCAUAUAAAUGUGCCAGAUGCAGUAAGUAUUUUAAAAGUAAGAAAGGGCUAAAAUACCAUGACAGUUCUCACACUGGGAAUAAACCAUACAAAUGUACUGAAUGCAGUAAGAGUUUUACGAAUACUCAUAGUCUGCAACUGCAUGUUGCCAUUCACACUGGAGGGAAACCAUAUAAAUGUACUGAAUGUAGUAAAAGCUUCAUCUAUCUCAUUAGUCUUCGACGCCAUAUGUUUUUUCAUACUGGAAAACCAUAUAAAUGUACCGAAUGUAGUAAGUCUUUUACACAGAAGCAAGGCCUAAAAUACCAUCAGAUCCGCCAUACGGGACAGAAACCAUAUAAAUGUAGCGAAUGCAAUAAGCGUUUUUCAUAUAAGAAAAGCCUAAAAUACCAUGAGAUGUCCCAUACGAUCAUGCAGGCUGUGGACAAGGGUCACAUUGAUCGCAUUGGCUCCCUGGAUCUAGCAAAAGCAUUUGACGCCAAACUGCAUGAUGGGAUUGUAACCUUAAACCUAGAUCCUUAUGUGAGUGAUAAGAGAGACUGCAUUAAUACUGUUAAAGGCCUUCUACGUCUAAAUGGAAAUCCGUUAUUGAAAAUGGUACUUGAAACAACACCUGAACAAACAGUUGUAAGUAUAAAAGUUAAAGAAUUUAAAAAACAUUUGGCAUCUUUAGAGAAGAAGAUGCAGACUUACAAACAGCUUCAGUGGCAGAGAUUAAGUUUUCAAGCAUAUCUUGAAUUAGGUAUAGUGCCUAGAGGGCUAAGAAUUUUAAAAAUGCCCUCUUAUGGUAAUACCUAUAAUGAACUUUUGAUGCAAUGGCAACAAUUGAAUUUAAAAUUAAGUGCUGACUAUAUGAAGUUGAUGAACACAUUUUUUGAGCCUGUUGAGAACAGGUUGAUUGAAGAAAUAGAACUUCUUGAGAAUACCAUCAUUAAUAUGCCUGGCUUUAGCGAUUCACUAGAGUUAUACCAAAACUUUUUGGCCCGUAUGCAAUCUAUGGACAGGAAGCCACAACAAAGGAAAAAGAAUAAAUUACAAAGGGACAUUAAUGACUUUAAGCAAAAUCGAAUCUUCUCUUGGCCCAGAGAAGAACUUAAACAAUUUGUCCCAAAUAGAAAACUAUCGGUGGCAAAAAACAAUCGUAAUAAUUUUAGUAACAGGCUGGGUUCAUUAGAUCAGCUUGAUGUGUUUGAUCAACCAACGAAUAAUGUGAGCACUGGUGCUAUACCUAAUACUGUACCAACGAAAUCCGCUUCAAAACCUGUUGCUGUGGAAAAAGUGAAUGUAGCUUUAAAUGAUAAUGAGAACGUGCUACAGGAGGCACCGUCUGGUAGUGACGUUGCUGAGGCAGCCAGAGAAGGUUGCUAUACAAGUAAAAUUGCUGGACUCCCAUUUAACCUAUCAGCAACAACAGCAACAAACGCUGUCGAUGAAGAGGAAAGUGAGCAGUCCUUUGUUACACAACAAGACCGCGAAACGCUAGUCUGUUUUAUUAAUGCUGGUGAGAACUUUAUCUCUGUAGGUUUUAAUGAUGGGACUUUGUGCAAAAAUGUGAGUUGUUCUAUUGGAGACAUUGAUACGGAACAACAGUUUGCAAUUAUUGAACAACCCCGCUUUUCGAGCAAUGGACUUAAUAAAAGUACUGUUAAUAUUUCAAAACUAGUUUUAACAGAACUCCAGCUCUCUUUGCUCAUGAAGUUGAAAUUCAUCCCUAAUGCUAGGGAUGAUAUAGUUAAGGCAAUUAUUGAUUUAAAAAUUUUAUGCAAUAUAAGUCUCAAAAUGAUUUUUAAAGAUAAUAUGCUGAAUACAUCUUUAUUUAAAAGAUCGAGUACAUUUAUGCCAGUAUUAUGUCCCAUUUUGAAUGCAUUUUCAAACAUUGUUGAAUGUGAACUACGGAAGUAUUAUAAGAGCAAUUUAGUGCGUAAGAAUGUUUAUAAUAUAUCACGUUCUGAAUUUAUGGCCUUAAGACAGUUGCAAAUGUGUACUAGUAUAAUAAUUAAGCAAGCUGAUAAAGGGGGAGCAGUGGUGGUGAUGGAUAGAGAUGAUUAUUUUUUGAGGUUUAAAGAUCUUUUAUAUGAUUUCACCACUUUUAAAAAGAUUUCUUUUGUUGAAGCACAAAGAUUAAUUAGUGAAGUGAAUAUGGUCAUUUAUGACCUACAAAUAAAUGAUGAUAUAAUAAUGCAGGAAAUAUCCUGCAGAGAAAAAUUACAGAUGUUAACGUUGUGUACUACAAAUGGGAAAUCGGAGCCGUGUUGUGUAGAGCACAGACAGAGGCUGGAGUUCUUCUGCCAAGAGGACAAAACUUUUAUCUGUGUUUUGUGUGUUCCCAGGCAUCCCAACCACAGUAUUGUGUUUUCACAUGAGACAGCCAGUGUAUUUAAGGUACCAGAAGCCUUUGAAGAUGUUGCUAUCACUUUUUCAGAAGAAGAGUGGAAGAUCUUGACAAAAGAAGAUAAAGAGCUUUACAGGGAAGUGAUGGUACAAAACUUUGAAACGUUGGUUUCAUUAGGUUACAAAAUACCCAAAAAUAAGUUAUUGUUCCUAUUUAAAGCAGAUGACAAACUGUCAAAGGCUGAUGUGGAGGGUAAAAAUACCACGGUACAGAAAGGCGACAUUGACAAUAACCACCACAGUCUUGGAAGCACAGACUGCAACAUAAAUUGCUGUCUGCAACCAUCAUUUUGGACACCCAAGUUCUGUCGUCCACCAGAGAGCUUACAACAAUGUGCUCAGCCUGUGAAAGACUAUGGCAAGACUUUUCUAUUUCCUACACCACAUCUUCAUUCAGGAUGCAACUACAACAUGACCUCUGAAUGUGACAGUGAAACUCUGCAGCAAUGUCACCCAGAUGAGAUACUGCACCAGUGUGCUGAGCCCCUGAAUGGAUAUGGUAAGACUUGUGUCACUUCUGUACCACAGUUUCACUCCGGGCAGAACUCCACCAUGACUUCUGAAUGUGACUCAUGUCUGAGGAGUCACAAAGAGAAGGAACCAUGUACAUGUGCUGAAUGCAGUAAGUGUUUCAGAUGUCCUAGUGAACUUGGGCUUCACCAUACCAUUCACUCAGGAGAGAAACCUCAUAAAUGUGCUGAAUGCAGUAAGUGUUUCAGAUAUCCUAGUGAGCUUAGGCUUCACCAAACAAUUCACACGGGAGAGAAACCUUAUAAAUGUGCUGAAUGCGGCAAGUGUUUCAGAGAGAAGAAGGUACUAAAAUACCACGAGUAUUCUCACACAGGGAAAAAAAUGUAUAAAUGUGCUGACUGCAGUAAGUGUUUCAAACGUUCUAAUGAGCUUAGGCUUCACCACACCAUUCACACGGGAGAAAAACCCUAUAAAUGUGCCAAAUGUAGUAAAUGUUUUAGAUUAAAGAAAGGACUAAAAGACCAUGAGUAUUCUCACACAGGUAAAAAAAUGUAUAAAUGUGCUGAAUGCAGCAAGUAUUUCAAACAUCGUCGUGCUCUUAAGCAGCAUUGUACCAUUCACACGGGAGAGAAACCUUAUAAAUGUGCUGAAUGCAGUAAGUGUUUUAGAAAUAAGACUGGACUAAUAUCCCAUGAGCUUUCUCACACGGGGAAUAAACCAUAUAAAUGUGCGGAAUGCAGUAAGUGUUUUAAAAGUAAAACUGGACUAAAAUGCCAUGAAAAUGCUCAUACAGGAAAUAAACCAUAUAAAUGCAUCAAAUGCAGUAAGUCUUUUCCGGAUAUGAAACGCCUAAAAGCCCAUCAGAAAAUUCACACAGGGAACAAACCAUAUAAAUGUGCUGAAUGCAAUAAGUGUUUCUUAAAGCAAGAUGGCCUUCAACGUCACAAGGCCAUUCACACGGGAGAGAAACCAUAUAAAUGUGUUGAAUGUGAUAAGUGUUUCAUAUAUCCUAGUGCACUUAGGCUUCACAAUACCAUUCACACAGGAGAGAAACCUUAUAAAUGUGCUGAAUGCAGUAAGUGUUUCAGAGAGAAGAGGGUACUAAAAUACCACGAGUAUUCUCACACGGGGAAAAAAACCUUUAAAUGUGCUGAAUGUAGUAAGUGUUUUAAAAGUAAGAUUGGACUAAAGUCCCAUGAGAAUUCUCACACAGGGACAAGAAGGGUCACUGUUAGAAGAGUAGAGAAGAGGGAACAGAUCAACAAAAAUAUUUAGAAAGGUGAUAAAAGCAAUGCACAAUAUUAUAAUGGGUCAGGAUCUGUCAUGCAUUAUCGUAAAUAAGCUGAAAAUAUCAGCACAGGUGGAAAAAACUUCUUAGAAGAUAUGCAGAUAAAUAUAGUAAAA